AUGUCGGAGAAGGAAGAACGGCCGUCACUUCGUCCGGUUGCGUUUGCCGCGGUCGUCUUCUCGACGGUCGCACUCACCAGCUGCCUACUCACAUUUCCAAUGAUACUGCACUAUGUCCAAACGCUCGAAUCACAAGUGCAGCUUGAUUUGGAAUACUGCCAGGCCCGUGCAAGAGACAUGUGGAAGGAAAUGUUGAACAUUGAAACCGGUGGCAAACGUGAUGUGGGGAAAUUGGCCGACAUUGUGAUGACUCAUCGGAGACUGGAGAAGAGAGACACUCUUGCUGACUUCUGGGCUCGCCGACUCCACGAUCAGGAGUUACGUGACGAACCCGUUGGAUACGACACUCCAUCAGCCGCUGUUGAAGCAGCCGUGCAGGGUGGAGGUGCACAAGGAUGCUGCACAUGCAAUCGCGGACCGCCUGGGCCUCCAGGCGAUCCUGGACGAGAUGGAGCAGAUGGGUUGGAUGGCAAUCCCGGCGACAUUGGACCACCUGGACCCCCUGCACCACCUGGUCCUGACCCCAUGUCACUGUUCCCACCGCAGUGCCCGUGUGAGGCACCUCCUGGUGACCCUGGUCCGAAAGGGCAGCAAGGGCCAGACGGUCCUCCUGGUCCUCCAGGGGCACCUGGUGAAGACGGGAAACCCGGAGAUCAAGGAGCCCGUGGAAGUCCCGGUAUGCCUGGACCACCAGGUCCUACUGGCCGUCCCGGUCCACCUGGUGAACCUGGCACCUACAAAACGGAAGUUGGACCACCAGGAAGGCCUGGUGCUCCCGGUCGUCCAGGACCACCAGGUCAGCCUGGUCCACCUGGUGGACCAGGUUCGGAUGGAAAACCGGGUGCACAAGGUCCUCCCGGAAUGCCAGGACCUCCUGGACAGCCAGGACAGAACGGACCAGCUGGACCACCAGGGCAGAAUGGUGAGAACGGUGCUCCUGGCUCGUGCGAUCAUUGUCCUCCUGCAAGGCUUGCACCUGGUUACUGA